CGUACGAGGGUCAAAAUAGGCAUGCCGUUAAUUAGAGAAAGGCAACCGAUGGCUGCAACUUCACCUCUUUAUUUACAUUAUUAUUCAAUCGCCUACAGUAUGGUGAUAACUGCGUAUGUAUUUGGCUUUGGCGAAUAUAUAUUUUUUCGACUUUCAUGGAUGAUCAAUUCAAAGAAGACACCGUAUUAUGCAUGGUGUGACAAAAGGGCGCGAGAAGUUGUUGGCAAAAAUUUUAUUCAUUAUAUCGUCGUUAUUAUUGGAUUUAUCGCUAUAGCUUUUUUUCAAAUAACUUGCUUUUUUGGUUUAACGAUAUCCGAAAAUUGGAUUCACUGUACCAAAAAAAGUCGAAUUGAUCGCAUGAUUCGUGUUCGUCGGGCACUCUCUUCUAAAAUACGAACAGUUAUGCAAAAAACGAUUUACCCAACAUUUGUAUGCUAUAUGAUGAGUUCAAUGGUUAUAUGGGCAGUUAUUUUUUAUGUCGAUGGUAUACGAGACUCGAUUGAUGAGUUAGCUUCAACCAUAUGCAUAUAUAUAUUCGAUUUUAUUAUGGUUGUGUAUUUUCUUGCAUUUCCAGCUGUCACAUAUAUUUAUCAUCCAUAUGUUCGCAAAAGGACAAGUUCACCCCCAAUUUAUGCAAAUCCUGGCGAUAAUUCUGUGUCAUUGAUGAAUGAUAAUGAAAUACACUGUGGUGGCUCACCAGUUGGAAGUGUUCCUAAUAUUGCUAUGGAAUUAAUUGCUUGUGGAUGGAAGAAUUUUCAGAGUGAAGACUAUCCACCAUCAACUUUUUCACCACCUAAUGUUUCAGGGCAGAGGUUUAUAAGAAACAUCAAAUUAACUGUUACUCUCUAG